GCCUAGAGCUAAGGGAGCUCGGGAACUACUAGACCCAGCAUGCCGCGCGCGCAGCCCGGCGGCUUUCAGGAGUACCCCGCCAACACUCUGGAGCAGGAGCCGGCAUCCGGGAGCAGGGAGUGCUCAGUGCCCCCUCCCUAUGCCACCCCUGUGAUGCCCCUGUCCCGCUGGCUGAGAUCUGUGGGGGUCUUCUGGCUGCCAGCUCCCUGCUGGGCGCCCCAGGAGAGGUGGCUGGGUUCCCUCCUGCGGCCCUCCCUGGUGCACGGGGGCCCAGCCCCGGGGGCCUGGCACGGUGCCCGCUGCUGGUGCCAAGCGUGGACAGAGGAGCCUCGAAUGAAUGGAAACCAGAAAUUGGACCCUUAUGCCCAAGAAAAGCAGAAUUUCAUCCAACACUUCUCCCAGAUUGUCAAGGUGCUGACCGAGGAUGGCACGGGCCACCCAGAGAUAGGAGAUGCCGUUGCCCGGCUCAAGGAGGUCCUGGAGUACAACGCCGUCGGAGGCAAGUACCAGCGGGGCCUGACGGUGUUGAUAGCCUACCGGCAGCUGGUGGAGCCCGGGAAGCAGGAUGCCGACAGUCUCCGGCGGGCCCUGACCGUGGGCUGGUGUGUGGAACUGCUCCAGGCUUUCUUCCUGGUGUCGGACGACAUCAUGGACUCCUCCCUCACCCGGCGGGGGCAGGUCUGCUGGUAUCAGAAGCCAGGCAUAGGUCUGGAUGCCAUCAAUGACGCGUUGCUUCUGGAAGCAUGUAUCUACCGCGUGCUGAGGCUCUACUGCCGGGAGCAGCCCUAUUACCUGAACCUGAUUGAGCUCUUCCUGCAGAGUUCCUAUCAGACUGAGCUCGGACAGACGCUGGACCUCAUCACGGCCCCCCAGGGCAAUGUGGAUCUCAGCAGAUUCACUGAAAAGAGGUACAAGUCCAUCGUCAAGUAUAAGACCGCUUUCUACUCGUUCUAUCUUCCUGUGGCUGCCGCCAUGUACAUGGCGGGCAUCGAUGGGGAGAAGGAGCACGCCAGCGCCAGGAAGAUCCUGCUGGAGAUGGGGGAGUUCUUCCAGGUGCAGGAUGAUUACCUUGAUCUCUUUGGGGACCCCAGUGUGACAGGCAAGAUCGGCACGGACAUCCAGGACAACAAAUGCAGCUGGCUGGUGGUUCAGUGUCUGCAGCGGGCCUCUCCAGAGCAGCGCAAGGUCCUUCAGGAGAACUAUGGGCAAAAGGAGGCCGAGAAGGUGGCCCGGGUGAAGGCGCUCUACGAGGAGCUGGAGCUGCCGGCCGUGUUCGGGCAGUACCAAGAGGACAGCUACGGCCGCCUGAUGGGCCUCAUCGAGCAGCACUCUGCGCCCCUGCCCCCGGCCAUCUUCCUGGGGCUGGCGCACAAGAUCUACAAGAGGAAAAAGUGACCCGGGGACCGGGGACUGGGAGGGGUUGGGCGAGGCGGGGCCGCGAGG